GACGCCCAUGAUUAUUUGACAAUCAGAUUUAAUGGGGGUUUUUUUCUUUUUUACAUUCUCAGGGAACAAGCUAAAGGUGACGGGCCACUUCUAAAUCGUUUUUGGUUGAAUGAAAUAUACAAGCUUCUACGUAUAAAGAUGCACUAAGUCACCCAGUUCAUGUUUAAGAUGCUGUAAAUGCUUUCCCAGUACCACACGUAAAAUCUUCUCUGUUUAGUCGUGUUGCACCCCACGAAGCAAGGAUCGGGUGAGUAUAUUUCAAACAUUUUGUGGACUUGCUUGGAUGACCACGAUUCUGAAGACAGGCUUGAUCAGAUUCGUCGCUGCGUGCCUAAUGAGAUCAGAAUAGGGAAGAGUUGCUCUUUCAACAGACUACUCAAAUAGCACAGAAUGGCACUGGACGACGUGAUUGAUCGGCGGUUUGCUAGAGAUGAAUUUUACCGCAACCACACGGAAUUCCACUACAAUUGUCCUCAAAGCGAUCAAGAGAGAGGGUUGAAUGUUAUUGAGAUGUUUGUGAAGAACUCGAGGGGCAUAGAGGUUUUUAUCAAAAGCUGGGUGCCAAUUGAAGGGACGCGCCAGCUCCUUGGCCUCGUUUUCCUUUGCCCUGGAUACGGAGACUCCAUCACCUUUUAUUUCGAAGCAUUAGCGCGAACAUUCGCGUUGGCCGGAUACGGUGUGCAUGGAAUGGAUUAUCCUGGAUUUGGCAUGUCGGAAGGAUUGCAUGGCUAUAUUCCCAAUUUCAACGAUCUCGUCGACGACGUUGCAUACCAGUACCGAAAAAUCAUAGAUCGUGCAGAGUUUCGGAGUCUGCCGCGCUUUCUAUUCGGAGAAUCCAUGGGAGGAGCGGUUGCUCUAUUAGCUCAUCUCAAGGACCCGACCGUGUGGGACGGCGCCGUCCUUGUGGCACCCAUGUGCAAGAUACAUGCAAAGAUGUACCCUCCAUGGAUUAUAGUUCAACUCUUGACCGCGCUUGCGAAGAUUAUACCUAAAGGGAAGCUGGUUAACACCCACGACGUCACAGCUAUUGGAUUCCGAGACCCCUGCAAGAGGAAACUGGCCUAUCUUCAGCCCCUUGCAUACACAGAAAAUCCUCGACUAGGAACUGCCCUUCAGCUGCUUCGAGCAUCGGACCUCAUCGAGAGCAAGAUGCCUGAGGUGUCGUGGCCGAUGAUGAUAAUGCAAGGCGGCAGAGAUUGUGUCAACGACCCAUCGUCCAGCAUUCUUCUCCAUGAGAGGGCGAAGUCCACCGAUAAGACACUUCGCAUCUACGAGGACUCGUGGCACUGCAUCUUGCAGGGAGAGCCCGAUGACCGAGUCCACUCCGCCAUGAGAGACAUCAUCUUGUGGCUCGACGCUCGCGCCGCUUCCAAGGCCGGGUUCCAUCUCUCAAGCGACUCCGGCGAGUUCGAGGCACGAGUUGCUGGAGCUGUACCCAGUUUGAUCAAGUUCGGCAAAUUUAGCGCACCAUCACACGCUUCCUGACAAUCGAACCGAUCUUGUUGGACGAUAACACUGUAGAAACAGUUUUAGUAACUCUAAAAUAUAUUUAUAUAUAGUAUUAAGAAGUAAAGGUAUUAAAAUUUGAAAUACUAAAUAUAUUCAACUUAUGACAUUCACAUCAACUACAAUACAAUAGUUUUUGUUGAAUAAAAAUAUAAAUUGUGUUAUUGUAAAUUAAUUUUAAAAAAUAUAGACUUAUUGUGUAUU